AUCUGUGUAUUUUCUUUAUAGGACUUUUCGACAUGAAUUAUACGGAGUCCAGCCCGUUGGCGGGAUCAACUCUAAUAGGUUUUACCUCUGAGUUAGAACGUAUCACUCCUGUGCCUUCCAAUGAGACAAGUUGUGAAAACUGGAGAGAGAUUCAUCAUCUGGUUUUUCAUGUAGCGAACAUUUGUUUUGCAGUUGGUUUGGUCAUUCCAACCACUCUUCACCUCCAUAUGAUCCUGCUUAGAGUGAUGCUCUCCACAGGAUGCACCCUGUAUGUGGUCUGGGCCACUCUCUACCGAUGUGCCUUGGAUAUGGUGAUCUGGAACUCUGUGUUCUUGGGUAUCAAUAUUUUGCAUCUUUCAUAUCUUUUGUACAAGAAAAGACCGGUCAAGAUCGAAAAGGAGCUGGGUGGUGUCUACCACCGAUUGUUUGAACCACUCCGCGUCCCUCCUGACUUGUUUAAAAGGUUGACUGGACAGUUUUGUGUGAUCCAGACCUUGAAAAGGGGCCAGACGUACGCCACAGAGGAUAAGACCUCGGUUGAUGACCGUCUUAGUAUUCUCCUAAGGGGAAGAAUGAAGGUAUCCUAUCGAGGACAUUUUCUGCAUAACAUUUACCCGUGUGCCUUUAUAGAUUCUCCCGAAUUCAGAUCAACACAGAUGCACAAAGGUGAAAAAUUCCAGGUCACCAUUGUUGCGGAUGAUAACUGCAGGUUUUUAUGCUGGUCAAGAGAAAGAUUGACUUACUUUCUGGAGUCGGAGCCUUUUCUCUAUGAAAUUUUUAGGUACCUUAUAGGAAAAGACAUUACAAAUAAACUCUAUUCACUGAAUGAUCCUACCUUAAAUGAUAAGAAAGCAAAGAAGCUGGAGACACAGAUGAGCCUCUGCACACAGAUCUCCAUGCUGGAGAUGAGGAACAGCAUCACCAGCUCCAGUGACGGCGAGGACGGCCUCCACCACUUCCUGCGGGGCUCCACCAGCACGUCUUCUCUCCCCAUGUCGUCCCCGCAGCAGCGAGCCUCUGCCAAGAUGAAGCCGAUAGAGGAAGGGGUGGAAGACGAUGACGACGAUGAGGUCUUCGUACCAGUGUCUCCAGGCGCACUUACAGUCCGUCAGCUGCCUUGAUGAGCAUCUUCUG